UCUCUCGGCUCUGCUCUUCUCUUGUUCGCGAAAUUCACGCCGUUCUUCGCUGCUAUAAGUCUCUUACCUCUCUCUGAAAUUUUCUUAUCUUCCCCUCUCAUUUUCUCGAGAAAACGACCUUACACACAAUCGCAGAAAUAUCACAUCCUCUGGUUUCUUCUCCUGAAAUAUGAGAGUUUUUUCUCUCAUUUUCUUGAGAAAAAACUAGAGAGGGAGAAGGAGAUGGUCAAGGUCGCGUUGGCGUCUCUCUCUUUUCUUCGUUUGAGCCAGAGAACAAAUAUCCGGAGAGAUUUCUCUCUCAUUUUCCUCAGAAAAGAUAAAGAAAAGAAACAGAGAAAUCAAUGAUGGCUUUUGGUUUGGCGGUCUGAUACAAGGAAAUAGUUGUUUUCUUUCUUGUGUUAUGAGGGAAUGUGAAAGUGGCGGCCACUGGUUUUUUUCGCUUGGAGGAAUAAACCAGACCGUUGUUUCUCAUUUUAUCCGAGAAAAAGCUAGAGAGAGAAAGAGAAGGGGAGAAACGGAGGAAUUGAUGGCGUUUUGUGAUAUUUUUAUAUGAAAGCAAACAACUGAGUCUUUCUUUUCAUUUCUGAGGAGAACUGUCAACCGGAAUUCUAAAGAGAUGGAUGACGCAAUGACUGAUGUUCCUGAAGUUCCAUUUGAGGCUCAAGAAAUUGAUCUUGACUACGAGUUCGAUGCUCCUCAGUUCUUUGAUUUCACCCGGCCGGAAUCGUCGGAAGAGGCUCAAGAAGCCGAGUGCUGGUUUGAAUCUGCCGAAAGCUAUUCGCCUUCGCCUUUUAUAGUAGAGUUGUGUUGGAAAGAAGACAGUUCUUUGGAAAAGGAAAAGACCUAUCCACAAUGCAAAGAUGUCAAAAAUGUUAAUCUAAUCAACAAUAACUCAGAUACUGGCAUGGACACUGAAACUUCUGCGUUGGAUGAAAAAAACAGAGAUAUUCCAAAAGCUAAAGCAAAAUCCCUGUUCAAGUCCAAGUCAUGCUUAUCAAGAACUUCAACUUUCAUGAAACCCACAGCAAGUCAUUUGGCCAAACAAAAUCAACUAUGGGAAUUUCAUUCCAGUGAAUUUAUGAGAAGGUUGCGGACGCCAUUACUCGGAAUUGAUGAGAAAGGUUCAAAUAAUCGUUCUAUGAUUGAAAACCAAGCUACAAAGAGGCAAAAGAUUGAGGGAGGUUUCUUGCAUAAGGUUUCACAUUUGAAGCACCAAGCUUUUUUGGUACAUAAGAUACCUAAAAAGGCAGUUACUAUUCCAAGAGAGCCUGACCUAGAAACUGCACACAGGGCACAAAGACAUAGAUUGAAGAAAGAUGCACUGUCAAAUGAACCUGUGAAAUCAAAUGCUCGUUCCUUUAAAGCACGCCCCUUGAACAGAAAAAUUCUCGAGGCUCCUUCGUUACUCCUCACAAGAAGAAGCAGAACACCGUUGCCAGAGUUUAAUGUGCUUCAACUGAAGUCAUCACAAGGGAUUCCGAAACAUACAUCUGAUCAUGGAGUGAACCCACCUAACUCUAGUUCUAUUUCACAAAAUCCAACCAUAGACUCCAAAAGACCAGACACCGUUAAUGCCUCAAAGCAGGAGAUUUGUGAUAUAGUUCACAAAGUCAGAGUUUACCCUCUGAAGAAGAAGAUAUUUUCAAGCAAAUUGGGCCUUGGUGUCUUCCGCAAUAUCAAACAAGAAGCCAUAGUACCUGUGGAAUUCAAGUUUCCAACUGAUGAUGGGCUUCCACAUGAUCCUCCAAUAGAACUAUUUAGUAAGCUCUCUCUGAAGUCUGAAGUGAAGUCUUCCCAGCCAAAAAUGCUCCAUCCCAAUAAGGGCUCAAAAGAGAAUGCACCAGGUCCCUUCCAUCAAGAACAUGGGAUGAUAAAUGUGGUUAAAGAAAAUCCACAGAGGUCAUGGGGGAAUCAGAAUCAAUGUGGAACUGGCAUGAGGAUUCCCAAAUUUGAAACCUGGACAAACGUUAACAGGAGCUUAGACAUCCACUGAGAAUAAAUGAGGUCAAAGUUAUGGAACUCACAUGUGAACUACUGCAGUUUAUGGAUGGUGGGCAGUUCCUGCAUUUGUGGAUGUAAGUUUUACACCCCUGUGAUUGAGUCUGUUCUUGGGACUAAAGAUUGUGCUAUUUGUAAGUGUUAAUCCCGAAAUCAUAGGGCAUCCCUUUAUAAAAAAUUUGAAAGAUCGAAGUUGUACAGCUUUCAAGCUUUCAAAACUUCAGCCUUUUCUCGGUUUCAUUAGGCAGCAAUAAUGGAAAAUUUCCUUCAAAUUCAUGCAGAUAAGGGACAUUAUUCAACAUAUCAAAA